GCAGAAUUUUUAGAAACAAUUUUGAAAAAAAUAUUUGUAGUCGAUUUAUGAGUAUUUAGAUAUUCACAGAUGGCCUUCAAAGAUGACCAUGUUAACUUUGACAAACUGGAGAGUGAAAUCCACAAAGCUGUAGAGCAAGAUGCAAGAUAUUCUAGAGAAAAUGAUGCAAAAUUCCGUGCAGUGGGACAGCGUUGUGAAACUUAUGAAGAAUUUAGGGACAUUGUUUUGGCUGCUCAUCUGAAGCCUCUAGAGAAGGGAGACAAGAUCACACCUGGUGAUCGAUUCACUCAACCAUGGAACAUACAUGCUGACAGGAAUACUGAUGCAUUGGGUUCAUCUGGUACCUUAGAACAAAAGAAGUGGACCAAAAUUCCUGAAAAUGCUCACAAAUUCACUCAGGAUUGGAGGAGAUACUGCACAAGCAAACAGGACAAAUAUUCCUUUCUAAUGUGGAUAGGACCAGAAAAACUAGGACAUAUCUUCAAUAUGGAAGUCAGUUUAUUAGGUGAUUUCUUUGAAGCACUGUUAGAGUACAAUAUGACAGAUUUACACCAAGUUGUCGACACAUUGGUGGUAUUUUCGCAAGCUAAAAGAUUUGGAUUAUCAGUGACAUUCCUUGGAAGCGGAGAGAAAGAAAACUGUAAAAAAAUAUUCGAGAAACUACAAACUGAUCUGGAAUCUGAAGGUGAUUCUGAAUAUUUGGAAAAAAUAACAAAAGCAAAGUCAAAAUAUGAACUAAAGUGAUGGAGAUUUGGUGUGUUUUUGGGAAGAGUUGGAGGAAGUGGGUGAUAACAAUAGCUUACCCAUGUGAGCUAAAAAGAACCUUGCAUUUAUUUCACAGAACAUUUCAAUUACUCCCAGAAAACACUUGAAAAGCUAUGGCAGCUACUUUUAGGAUAAUUCAAAUCUUAUCAGCAAUUUGAAACUUUCAGUUGUCUAUCAUAGCCAGAGUGAGUUAUUCCAACUUGCCUAUUGAAUUCAGGGUAAACAAAGGGCACAAAUUCAUAUGUAUCAUCUCAAAUGCAAGAGAUAAAGUUAAUGAAAUAAAAACAGAAUUGUUGUAUUACUUGAUUUAUUACAUCGCUCAUAUUGAGGUAUACAGGAAACAAAGAUGUAGUAAAGCAAGGUUUUUACAAAUAUCACAACAAUAUUUUCAUACAAUCAAAAUAAACAAAUGCAUCGAGUAUAAAAUGAUGUGAUCUGAAAAAAAGAUAUAGACCAAUAAACC